ACAAUACAUUUUGGUCGCGUAAAUAUGAAACCGGGGAAGCCGACGACAUUUGCGACGUGUCUUUACAAUUCGGUAAAGAAGUACUGUAUCUGUUUGCCGGGAAAUCCAGUUUCCGCAGUCGUAACCGCGCGUUUAUUUCUUUUACCCCUCCUGAACGAGAUGCACGGCGAUUCUUCCGAACCAGUCGUAGUGCAAGCUAAGUUGAUGUCGUCGUAUAAUUUGGAUCCGCGGCCCGAGUAUGCAAGAGCGAUCCUGAAGUGGAGUAACAACGAAGCGUUUCCGGUUGCAUUCAGCACCGGACAUCAAAUCAGCAGCAAGCUACUCAGCUGUAAAGACGCUAAUGCGCUUUUAAUGCUACCGGCACGAACGGAGAAGAAACCGAUCCUGAAUAAGGACGAGCUGGUACCAGCGAUGCUUAUCGGUUUUAACACAUCAGAUAUAAAAAUACGAUACUAAAUAUAUGUUUCUUACUUAAACAUAUAUAUUUUCUGCUUGAAUACAUAUGUAUAUUUUUCUACUGAAA